UGCUGUCAGGAGGUGUACAGCUGUAUCUUUGACUACAACACCCCUCGUAUAGCGCUCAUUAAGAGCAGGAAGGUCGGACUGCUGAACAGAGUCAUCCAGCUGCUGAUCCUGGCUUAUGUCAUCGGGUGGGUUUUUGUCUGGGAGAAAGGCUACCAGGACUUUGAGACAGUGGUUAGCUCUGUGAAUUCCAAAGUGAAAGGCGUUGCAGUGACAAACACAUCUGAACUGGGACUGAGGAUUUGGGAUGUUGCUGAUUACAUUAUACCUGCCCAGGAAGAAAAUGCUUUCUUUGUGAUGACCAAUCUAAUUCUGACACAGAAUCAAAGCCAAGGCUACUGUCCUGAGCUCCCAGAUACCAAAACCAUAUGCAAUUUCAGUCAUAAAUGUAUACGUGGACUUGUGGGAACUUACAGCAAUGGUUUACAGACUGGACGGUGUGUAUCAUAUAACAAGACAAUCCGCACAUGUGAAGUUUUCGCCUGGUGUCCAGUGGAAAAUGACAUGAAGGUGCCAGAACCUGCUUUUCUAAAGGAUGCUGAAAACUUCACAGUUCUCAUAAAAAAUAAUAUCUGGUACCCAAAAUUUAAAUUCUCCAAACGAAACAUCUUACCGAAUAUCAGCACUGAUUACCUCAAGAGCUGUCAGUACAAUCGGGUGAAGGAUCCAUUCUGCCCUAUAUUCCGGCUGGGUGCUAUGGUGGAAGAAUCUGGAGAAUCCUUCCAGGAAAUGGCUAUUCAGGUGUGUGGUUGGGGAAAU